UUGGCCUGAGCAGGAGAAAACUUUGGUACCAUUCCCAGUUCUGCCCCCGACUAAGUGAUUAGAAUGCACUGUCCCACGCAGAGUGCCACAUCUAAAAGGGGGAGUGGAGAAAUUGGACCACAAGUAACCAAGUGAUCAAAGGUUUGGAAAAGACAGUGGGGAUGGUUGCAAGAGCAGCGUGGGGGAGGGGGGAGGCGGAGGAGGAGAGCUCAAUGACUUCCAAGUAUGUGCAGCUCCAGAAGGAAACGAGCUGUGCUGGAACAGCAGAAGAAGGCCUUUGGGGGAGGGGCAAGAAAGAACGUCUAGAAAGUGAGAGGUGCCUUGGGUGAAAGAGCAUGGGUCUGGGGGAGGCUCUGAUCUGGUUCCGAUCUCUCCGCGUGCUGGACGUCCUUUGGUCCCUGUGGGUCUGUCUGUGUCCCCGGCCCGGCUGCCCAGCCAGGAGGGCAUGGCCGGAGCUUUCCCAGGCCCCUCGGCUUCCGCGGAGCCCGGGAGCUGUCCCAUUCCGGCAACGGAGUUCGGCUGGCAGACCCCUCAUGAGCAGAGAAAGGUGUGAUCGCGGAGCCUCCGACCUCCUGGUAUCCUCGGGAAUGAAGGCCAUUGGGGUUCUCGUGGUCUUUGCCUCCUGCCUGAUGGCCCCUGCCCAUGGCAGCUUCUGGCAGUUUCAGAGGAUGGUCAAACACAUCACAGGGCGGAGUGCCUUCUUCUCCUAUUAUGGAUACGGCUGCUACUGUGGCCUUGGGGGCAAAGGGACCCCGGUGGAUGACACUGACAGAUGCUGCCUGGCACAUGAUUGCUGCUACGGGAAGUUAAAGCAGCUCGGCUGCCAGCCCGUGCUGAACAGCUACCAAUUCCACAUCGCCAACGGGACCGUGGUCUGUCAGUGUGCCCUCGGCCCCGGCGUCAGCUGCCCCUGUGGGCGGCGGGCAUGUGAGUGUGACAGGCAGUCUGCAUACUGCGUCAGAGAGAGCCUGUCCACCUACGAGAAGAACUUCAAGCAGUUCUUCUCCAGCCGGCCCCACUGUGGCAGGCGUAAGUUCCAGUGCUAGGCAGCCACGGGCCCCCUCGUCGUUCAGCAUGGGCUCCAGUGUCACCUGUCCUUCCAGAAGCCUUCUCACGCCGUGCCCAAACAGGCCCUGGUUCUGCAGUCACCCUUCAGCAUAUGGCCGAGGGUACUCCUCUGUCACUCGACACCAGAAGGGAGCCGAUCAGCAAUGGGAAAGAUCAAAUCCUUGCAUGCAGAUGGAGGGAGACAGUGCCUACACACGGACACAAAUAAAUACCACUUUCUGAUAGUCGUUAAGCGCUAAGAAGCAAUCCAACAGGUGAAAUGGAGAGAUAUUCCCACCCCCCCACCCAGGAAUUUCCAAGAGGGGAAAAGGACGCAGGAUCUGCCCUAAACUCUCCCUCCACCCCUCCUUCAAAAUCAGGAUGCAGGGCAGACUUGGGAACCAGGCACGCAACCUGCAUCCAGCUGGGGGCAGAGUAGGGAUCCCGCCAAACAUGGUCAUGGCACACAGCCAAGGAUCUAAGAGAUGCACUUGGACCUUGUUUCUCCUCUGUUUGGGUCCUGCUUUCUGAAAUCCCUCAGGCAGGAAAAAUUAAUGCCAUUUCCAUCUCCCUGGAGACAGAGCAUGAGGAUAUCCACAACCAUCACUGUCACGUGGGUGUCAUGGCCGGGAAGAUGUCACAGAGAUGGAGAAAGGACCUGGAAGAGGGCAUCAGAGGGACCUGGAAUUUCCAUCCAAAUUCAGAAGCCCCUAGUGAUAUCAGACUUAGAUUCUAAUGAACACCAGUGUGACCUGAGCUGAGCAGACUCUGUUCUUUAUAAUGCCCAACUGGCAUGGCAGAAUGCAAAAUUGGCCGCAAUCGUCCUUACCUCUCUGCGUCCUUUCGUCUCGUGAAGGAGUGCUUAGCUUUGCCCAUCAGGAAGUAGUCUGUUUUUCCCAGUGGUUGAAUCUGAACUCCGUGCUGGCUUAGUGAAUAACUUUGGUCAAUAGAAUGUAGUGGAACGUAUGGACACUCUACCAGUUUCUGAACCUAGGCCAAGGAGGCCGGUGCUCUACUCUCCCAGGACGCCAAGCUCUGCCGAGAGAAAGCCUGGGCUGCAUGCUGGCAGGUGGGGCCAGAGUCCGUCAGCCCAGAUUUUUCCCUCAGACCUCAGACACAGAAGAGCGCUCGGCGAGGGUCGGCAAACCCCACUCAUUGUUGGCCAUGACCCACAAGACAAGCUCAUUGGAACCAAAACAAUGGUCCGGCUGAGCCCAGGCUAAAUGACCAAUUGCAGGAUCAUGAGCUGAAUACAGGCUGCCAUUCUGUCGCUAGGGUGUGGUGUGGCCAGUAACUCAUUGAUAUAACGGGUCUCCAUUCAUGGAAACUCUUGGGUUCUCAGCACUGUGCUGCACCCGGAGGCCAGAAAACAUUGUGGACAUGGCCCCUGACCUGUACCUCGUAGCUCUGGGAGGAGAAAAGCCGUGCUCAUAUAAUAAGAGAGAACCCGCAGAGGGCAGUAAUCACACAGUCAUCCAACAAACAUUUAGUGAGCCCCUGCUGAGCAUUGGGCAUCCCCACCAGUGCUGGGCAGUAGGGAUUCAGAGGUUUUAAGAAACAUGCAAAACCAGGUCUCAAUAACCUGGGGAGGACUUUAUGAGCCAUAGCAGCCUUUAGGUCAAAUUCAGACGCUUAAACUCUGGAUUGAGUGAUGCUGUCACUGAUGUGAAGACAGUAAAGGAAGCCAGGGGAGGGUGGUCAGCAAAGGGUCUGGGAGCCGGGGCUCCGGGCUCUGCCUUGCUCAGCGGGUAAAGCCAAGUGGUAAAUUCAUCUUUCCUUCCUUCCUUCCUUCCUUCCUUCCUUCCUUCCUUCCUUCCUUCCUUCCGUCCUUCCUUCCGUCCUUCCUUCCUUCCUUCCCUCUCUCCCUCCCUCAUGUGCUGUAGUAAUUACAACCACAGAAAAGGAGCUUGAGGUCGAUAGGCAUUCAUUGGCGACGUUCUUAAAGGUUUGAGGUAGGCGGUUGCCGAAAGGCAGGUGUGGAACUAGUGUGGCUGGGUCCAAGCCGGGCACCUCCCUUCUAGGAUGUUUCUGACCACAGCAGAGGCCAGCUCAGGACUCCAGACGUAUCCGGCCAUCUUGUCACUGAGGAGGAAGCAGGCCGGGGCUGCACUCAGCGUGGAGGACAGAGGUUCCAGUGAGAGAUCCAGGCCACCUUCUUCUCCCUGAGUCUCAACUCCUAAUGUGUAAAGUAGAGGGGAUUGGCCCAUGCUGGCAUACAGAGGGAUGUCGCUGACUCUCACUGGGAAAGCCUGCCCUCCUGGAAAGAAAGCCCUUCACCCAGCAGCAAGUACACUCUUAGGCCCUACUUCAAGCCAGGGCCUGUGCUAAGAGCAGAGAAAAAAGGACGCAUCAGAUUCCAAGUGGCUCUCAGACCAGGGGACACAAGUCAGCAGGCAAUCACAAAGCAGGCUGCCGAAUGUGCUAGAACAGGGUCUGCGCGGGGAGCAAUGACUGUCGUCCAAGAAGGCCAGGCCAGUCUUCCCGGAGGAACGCUGCAGGUCUGACAGCUCACCUGAGAACCAAAACACGAAGACAGCUCUUGGGAUGGCCAAGUGCGGUGUGCGGAGCCUCCCGGGAAAGGGAUGGAAGGUAAUUCAAUAUGCACGCCAGCGAGCGUCUCGCCCCCUGCCUCUCCCUCUCUCGGCUGAGGGGCCCUCCUCCAUCUUUGCCCCCCACCCAGGGCAAAAAUCUGCAUGUCAAAUUCUUUCUCUCAUAUCUCACAUCCCACAUCCAAUCUGUUGG